CCUGAAUACCAAGAUGGCGGCCGGCAGGGCGUCCUUGGUGUCUGUGAGCGUUCGCUUUCUGUUUAAUAAUAAUAUUCAGAUAGCAAAGAUAGUAUCAGCCCCUCAGACUGCCCUCAGCGCUGCCAGGCGAGGAUUUGCAUCAAGUGUACUGUCUCAGCCCAUUGAAGACAGUGUUCCAACAAACAUUCCUAGCCGUUCUUUUAGCGGCCCUUUAGAACAUUACAACAAUCUAAUCCAGAGUGGAUUAUUACAAGAGGACCAGCAACAAAGAGCUGUUCUGCAAGAAUUAGAUCUUAUGCAGAAGAAACUCAAAGGAUACAACAACCAUCCCGAGUCUUUUUUUUCCAAACUAUUUUCUAAACAGAAACCACCAAAAGGCGUCUAUAUUUAUGGGGAUGUAGGCACUGGUAAAACUAUGGUGAUGGACAUGUUUUACAGUCAUGUGGAGAUGUCGAAUAAAAAGAGGGUCCACUUUCAUGGAUUUAUGAUAGAUGUACACAAAAGGAUUCAUCGCCUAAAACAGAGCUUGCCCAAGAGAAAGGCAGGGAAAAUGGCAAAAGCCUAUGAUCCUAUUGCACCAGUUGCAGAGGAAAUCAGCGAGGAGGCUUCCUUGCUAUGCUUUGAUGAAUUUCAGGUCACAGACAUUGCAGAUGCCAUGAUUCUUAAGCAGCUCUUCGAAAACCUCUUUCUCCAUGGUGUUGUAGUUGUCGCCACAUCCAACAGACCUCCAGAUGAUUUGUACAAGAAUGGAUUACAGAGGGUGAACUUUGUGCCGUUCAUAGCUGUGCUUAAGAACUAUUGCCGAACACUUCGUCUAGACUCUGGAAUAGAUUAUCGCAAAAGAAAUCGGCCUGCAGCGGGGAAACUCUUCUACCAUUCCAGUGAGGAUAAUGUACAGGCAACACUGGACAAGCUCUUUGACGAAUUGGCAUUCAAACAGAAUGAUAUAACCCGACCCAGACCUCUGAAGGUGCAUGGUAGGACACUAACACUGAACAAAGCAUGUGGGACCAUUGCAGACUGCACUUUUGAGGAGCUGUGUGAUAGGCCUUUAGGAGCCAGCGACUACUUAGAAAUGUCCACAGUGUUUGACACAGUGUUUAUUCGAAACAUACCUCUACUGACUUUGAAUAAGAAGACCCAGGCCAGGCGCUUCAUCACACUUAUUGAUGCAUUUUAUGAUCAUAAGGUGCGCGUGGUGUUGGAGGCUGAGGCACCACUAGAGGAGCUGUUUGUAAAUGAGGGACACCACGAGGAUGAGAGCCACAUCUUAAUCGAUGACCUGGGCUUAAAAAGGGAUUCGGCAAGUUCACUAUCAAUCUUCACAGGAGAGGAAGAAGUGUUUGCUUUUCAGAGGACAGUGUCUCGCCUCACAGAGAUGCAGACAGAAGAGUACUGGGUGGAAGGUGAUCGGAGCUCUUCAUAGCACACUCCAAUACAGACUGAAUAUUUCAGUGGAUGCCUCUUAUCAGAACACUAUGAACAAUAUUUUAAUCAAAACUUUACACUGCUCUGCUGCACUUUAUAUUUUGGACAUCUUUCUUAAAAGGAAUGCGGGCUAUAAACACGAGUAUAUUAAUGGACUGUAUUUCAUUAAUGGAACUAAAGAAGGGUCUUGCCAGAGACUUGCCUUUAAGAAUAUAUUUAUUACUUUAUCAUCUCUACUUACUCUAGUAUAUUCCAUAUACAGUGUUAAGUCAAGGUACAGGUGCAGAAAAGGUUUAAAUUAUUUUUACUCAUUGCUUGACUUUUUAUCCACAGGUUAUAAUUUAUUUUAUUACAUAAAUGGGACAAAACUCCUUUCUGUAGCUGUUUAGCAGACAUGAAUUUUCUGUAUUUAAAUGACGCACAAAUGCAAAAGAGGUAUUUUAAGCAUUUAAUAUUUUAAGCAUCCAGCAUUUGUCUUGGAUUUUGAUUUGAUCAUUUUGUGGCUUUAUGUGCCAAAUUGGUUAAUUUCCGUUUUAUCUUAUGACCAUUUCCAGACUGAAGGCUGGUUUUCUGAUGGUGCCUUUUAGACUGAUGUAUGCAAAUGACCUUUGUUAUGUUUGGCUGCCCUGUGUUGUGUCUUAUUUUGAAAAAACAAUUAGAGCUGGAAAGGUGUUAAACAAGUGGUUAUGUUUUGUCGGAAAUAAACUUAAGCCACUUGUCUCUUGA